GGAACGGUGACCUUGGUGCGUUACGUAAAUUCGUUUUGUGUCUCUUUUGUACAAUCGGUUCGUGUAGACUGAUUUACUUGUCUUAGAUUGUGAAAUCUCAAUCACUCAAUGCAGUUAAUGAAAACAUUAACACUUGGAUGAUGACUUAACACCUAAUGUCCUCUAUUUAUUAUAUGAGCUUGAAUUAUGUUAGAGGGCUUUGGUCCAGUUACUCCAUAAUUUGUUAGACUCCAAUGAGUUCCGCGUAGACAAGUGCGUUUUCGGUUCAUAAUCAAAAUACUAAAAGAUUCUUACCAGUUUUUGCGUAUGAUUUGUCUCUCGAAUAGAUCAACUAUGGUAAUAAUCCAUCCGAUAGUUGGCCAGCCAGUGAGAAAAUCUGUGUGCCAGAAGGGUCAGAGUUUGUGAUUCAGUACAUGGAUCCUUUUCAAAAGCGAGAUAAAAUUCCACGGACACCACCUGGUCAGUCUUUUGUGGACAGAUCUUACAUCUUUGAUGGUACAACAAAUGGUGACUGUUCUAUUUACGACGAGUCGGGUAAUCGGAGGACUUCUGUUUUUGAUACAGCUAGAAAAUACACUCUCACUUUUGAUAACUAUGGGAACACAAGCCUUCGAACUUCAUGUGACAUAGUUUCACUCGAUAUUUCUUUGUCACUGAAACCAAAUAGAAUUUCUAGAAUCGGUGAUUUGCGGACAAGUUCACAUAUGGCAUCCUCUAGACAGUAUGGAUUGUUCACAUCAUCACCUGUUAAUGAGUCUACUCCCCGUCCAACUAAAUAUCCCCAGAAGGAAUGUAAUGAACAAACAGUUGCUAAUUACACAUCUCUAGAUAAGGAGAAUAUUUCACCAUCCAAAGAAGUAUGUCCAGAGAUUGCUACGGUUAAAAAGUGUCAUGCCAAGAGAAAACGUGAAAUUUCACCUGAUAGUUCAGUCGUUAAUUCAUCGGUUCAAUCAACUUUUGCCGUUCCUUCGACAGUUCGGCAGCUUCGACCCAGACGCAAGGCAACUCCUGUCGUCAGUGACCAGUCAUUGUCUCAUCAGUCUGAAUGUUUAGUGGUGACGAAAAGUGCCCAAAAGAAUCCAAAUAUGAGGUCAACAAAAAGCAAACGAACUAAUUCGUCUCAUCUGUCUGAAGUAAUGAAUUCCCCAGUAGUCAUUGCCGAUCCUGCAACCCCUCCAACACUUGUUCCUCGACACAGGCGAUUACAGCCAGCCAAUACUCAGAGAAGACGACGUGCGAAUGUUAGCACUUCAUCUACUUUGGAUCACAGCAAAAUGUCAACCUCUAAUUCAACUGAAAAUGACUCAACUAUUCAUCAACCAUCUACUGUUCGGAAAAAACCAAGGUACAAGUCGCUUAUAAUAUUGAAGACGAGCCAAUAGCUGCACGUUUACGACGUAAAACACGUGUCUCUUAUACGGGAACAAAAACUCCAAUGUAAAUAAUAGUAUAUAACUAUAUAUAUUCUGUACAAAGUAAAUUGAAAUCAUACAUUUAUCUCUAUUCAAUAGUUAUCUUGUCAUUCCAAAUUACAAUGUUUACAUUUUCCUUUCUCCAUGUAUCUAUUUACAUUUGUAGUUAUAACUAAGUAUCUUCAAUGAAUCAUACUACUUAUAGGUUAAUUUUGUUAUAUUCAUUCCAUUCCAUUCAUUUCUUCUCUUCAAUUAUUAUCGCUCUUUUCUUGAAUGUAUACUUUUGCAUAGAUUUGCUUUUGUACUUUCUUUUUCUUCUCAAUUUCACAAUAGGAUAAAAAUAUACUAUUUUUUUUU